AUGGCGUUUACAACUCAUUGCCUUGUGGCACUUACCGCAUUCUUGCUAAUAUCUGCCAUCGAAGCCCAAACCACGCUUGCCGGGUACACACCUGACUCGGACGUAGAUGAGCACGCCAAGAUUGACCUCGAUCAAAAAGACAUGGAGGAGGAGUUGGAGGAGUUGACUGAUAAAAUCGAUUGGGAUGCCGCACGAAAAAUCUACUCAGAGGGAGAACAUUCCAUGAAAUCUGAAGGAUUACGCACCCUUCAGGGCUUUUCCACUUCCGCCGGCGACAAAAUGAAAAACGAACCCUACUUUGAACUCUUUAAGAAGUUCUGGCGCACGCCUAGAUACGCCGAUGAUUUCAUCACAAAAGCAUUGAAUGGUUUGGGAGAUUUCAGUGGCACGGCAGACAUGCUCCGUGCCGAAUGUGCCAACAAGGGCUCGCAGUAUCAAGCCACUUGGAUGUACGUUAUUCAUGAGAUGGAGGACGCCAUUAAUGACUGUUUCAAGGGCGAUCUUGAAGAUAAUGACAAUGGGGUCAAGGCAUGGGAUGAGGCCUGGGCCUUCUGGGUAGGCAGCCUUAUCAAUGAGGACGGCACUAAUCCUACAGAAGGCGUGCUUGGCUGGUCCUUGGCCGAAAACCUCGCCAAAGACUACGGAACUAAGGAUGGUGACAACGCAAAAGUUAAUGUCAAGAUGUUGGCAUUAUUCAACAGCGGCAAGGAGCAACUUGAAAAAGAAGAUUGCCAGGAUGCGCUGGAGACAAAGAAUAGCAUCGCCAGGCAAAUGACUAUCCCGUUGAUUCAGGGUAUCAUUCGAUACGUGAUUCAGACCAAAGAUAAAGUGGAAAAAGGAGGUGAUUCCGACAAAGAACAAGGGGGGGGGGUGGGCAUUUUCGGCUGCUGCGCUCCCGCUAAUCAACUUUUGCAACAAGGACGUCGGCGAUCUCAUCAGGAAGAACUUUGAGCCACCUGCGGCACCUAUGGACGAUAGCAUUGAAGAUGUCAUGAAAGAGUUGCAGUCAGUUUACAACUGCAUGGGCUUUAAGUGCGAAGAUGUUGGGAAGCAGGACAAAAGAGAAGGCGAGUGCAAGGACAGCGGGGCAGAAUUCAAGGCGAUCCCAGGCUCUGACAAGUCCGCGAGUGGGGAGAGCGGUAAUGGAGGGCUUUCUGGUGGGGCCAUCGCAGCCAUUGUGAUUGUUAUUCUUGUCAUUUUGGUGGUCAUUGGCUUCUUUGUGCUCCGACGCGGCAAAAAGAAGGCCCAGAGACUACCGACAGCUGGGGGGAUGCUUGCAGAAGAAGAAGUUACCGCGUAACUGUUGUUGCCAGGCCUCGCCGCUAGCAUUUGGGAUACAAGAGAGCCCCGUCUCAUGAACUUUUCAGUGUGGGCAUGUGUGAGGCCUCUAGACGUGCUUUUCGGAGUUCGUUUUAAGGGCUGCCGAAUGACCGUCAGCUACGGCAGUGAUGGUGGAGUACUGCAGAUUUGCAGUUCAAAUUGUAAAUAUCUGCUCAACCUUUGCAUUUGACGGGGCUCCAUGGUGGCUCUGUUUUUAUUAAAAUGGUGUCUUUACACGUGCACAUCCCCGUAGCAGAACAUCGUUGCAGCGAGGCCGCGACAAGACGCAUUGGGUUUUCUUCGUGGUACGUGCGCACAUCCAUCUCGCACAUGGCAUAGCUUUGUUGAAAAAUGCUUGUGAACAGCGAAAAUGCAUGCUCUCGUACAUGUACGUGUAAAGUUAGAACACUAGUGUCUAGGUGACAAAUGACCUCAUAUGAGGUCACUUUUCAACUUAUUUUUCUCGACUUGUGCUAGCUCAACAAGAUGGAAAAAAGAUACUCUCGACA